UCCGAGUAACUCGCCUUCCAAUCUUUUGGGUUUUCAUUUGCAAAGGAAGAAUCUUCCGUUUGCCAUUCGACUUUGUUCAUCCCUUCAGAUCGAAAGGCCAAUUUCUUUUAUUUUUAUUUUUUUUAUUUAUAAUUUUUCCCAUUCCAAUUCUUCAAAAUUCUUGGAGAGCGUUAAAACACGGAAACAACCAUUUACUUUAGCAAUUUUUUAUUCUUAACAAAGCAAAGAAAACGCAAAAGAAAUCGAAAUUUUGAUCCGUUUUAACAAAUUGGACCUCGUGUUCAAUUGGAUUGUGAAAUUUAAGGUACAGAAAUUGUGAAUUUAGGACGAAUUUUGAUUCUGUUUUGUUGUUGUGCCUCGGUGGUAAUUGUCUGAAACUGUGUCGUUUUCGGACCUAAGUGGUGUGAACGACGUCGCUGACAUCGGAUGGACUGCAGGGUUUGUAUGGCCCCCGACUCCGAUUUGUGGGCUAGAGUUGGCGGUACCGGAGGCGACAGCGAAAUUGCAGGCGGUUUCAGCCACGAGAGUGAACACGAUUUGGCGCUUAUGGUUAGUGAUUUUUUAGAGAAUGGAAGUAGUGGCGCCGAGUCUUUGUGUAGCAGUGACAGCGAUUCAGGUCUCUCUGAUUUCGCUCAACUCGCUGAGAGGAUUCAGAUCUGUAAGAUAUCAGUGGCCCAGCAUGAGAGUGAGUUGCUUUCAGUUGUACAUUCCUUCAUACGGUCAAUGAAUGAGACCAACCUUAAAGUUAUGAAUUCUGGUCCAUGUUAUGCUAGCUGUAUCAGGUUUUAUCUGGUGAACUUGAUGAGGCUUUCUGGCUAUGAUGCCGGAGUUUGUGCAUCUAAAUGGCCGGGUAGAGGCAAGGUCCCUGGAGGUGAUCAUGAAUAUAUCGAUGUUGUGGUUGACAAUCAUUCGGGAAGCCUAGAACGAUUGAUUGUUGAUAUUGAUUUCCGAAGCCACUUUGAAAUAGCUAGGGCUGUUGAUUCGUAUAAUAGGAUCCUGCAUUCGCUUCCUGUUAUCUAUGUGGGUUCCUUUGCAAGGCUGAAACAAUUUCUUGGAAUAAUGGAGGAAGCUAGUAGAUCUUCUUUGAAGCAGAACUCCAUGCCACUUCCUCCAUGGAGAUCUUUAGCAUACUUGCAAGCCAAAUGGCAGUCACCAUGCGAAAGAUACGUGCAUCCCGGAGGCAUUGACAUUGGCGACGACAAUUGCUUUGACCACAAGCAAUGCCGUGGACAUCUGAAGAGACUACAAUCUUGUCUUCAAUCAGGAAAGGAAAUAGAGCGAAUGUUGAAGCCCAGAAACGGUGAAAGUAACUGGCGGAUGAAGCCUGAGAGAUGGAGACACCCCAUGUUCAGACCAAUUUGACAUGUACAGGUUUUGGCUCUGAAAUUGUGAAGAGACUGAAAGAAAAUGAAUACAUAAUUUUGCGGCUAUUUUCCUUGCUCAAUGAGAUCUUCAUCUUUUGCUACCUAAUAAGUCUGAUCAACAAACAAGAGAUUCAUAUAGGCAGCAGUCUUAGAAACAACAAUAAGCCAUUUCACAAUACGAUGGUUCUUUGUUACACUUGUCCAUGUUUGAGGUGUCGCAAUUUCAGAGUUAAAGUUUUGGUCGGUGUCCAGUGACAAUCACAAAGUUCUGGGUAGCCAUUCUGUCUCAUUAAACUUCCUUGCCUCGUUUAUUUGUUGGGUCUGGGAAUUUUUGGUACUAUACUCUCUUUUCCUAUCUUUCAAUACAAAUAUAUAUAGUAUUGUUAUGAUGAUCAACAAUAACAGUCUUUAGAAUUUCAUAUAUCUUCA